CUGUGGAGGCGUACAGGGAGUUAGACUGUGAGGUGAUGUGGCAUCCCUCUUUCUCCUCUCCUCUGGAGGGACAGUUUGACCUGUGUGUUCACCAGGGAAACACCGCACAGCUACGAUGUCUGGCCAAGCUUGGUUCAUCCAGUGUGCAGCUGGCUGAGAAACAUCUGGUGUUUGGAUCAGUACCUCUCAUCUUCCCCUCCGUCAGGACCGCAACGCUACACAACACAGGACACAACCAUGCCUACUUCCAGGUGUUGGACGUGUACCCCCUGCCUGGCAUGGUGGUGACCCCCACCGAGGGUGUGGUACCUGUGGGGGGGCAGGCAGAGGUCCAGGUGCACCUCAACCCCGGAGCUGUCAUGAAGUUUGACACCAGAGUGGAGAUAGCUCUAAGGAACAUGAAAUCUCUGGAGCUGAGAGUGGGCGGGUCGGUCGAGCCCCCUCUGGUGGACAUCAACGUGAAAUCCUUCCUGUUCCACGGAGUGUAUUCUGGUUCCAGUCGUGGCGUUCCGUUCUCCCUGAGGAACCGAUCCUCUGCCCUGGCCCGGGUCCAGUUUGACCUGUCAGAACACACUGACUUCACCAUCCACCUCCCUCCACACUCUGCAGGUACGAGCCAGGAGCCAGACGUGUUUGUGAUGGAUUUACAGGGGCAGCAGACUGCCCAGUGUUGCCUGGUGUUCUCCCCUAAACAAGUGGCAGCGUAUGACUUCAACCUGCCUGUGACGGUCAACGGUGUGGGCAUGCCUCCCUUCUCCUCUUCCUCCUCCUCCGCCCCUCCCAGCUCUGUCCACAAGUCCUCCUCUUCCCGGGACCAACACAUCGUCACCCCGCGUCCGCUGCCCAUCGCCAUGGAGACGCUAUCACGCAGGGUGCAGGCCACAGCCCUGUGUGUCCCGCUGGAGAUGUCCCCAUCAAGUCUCCAGUUUGAUCUGGAGCCCUUUAGCUCAGUUACUACUACCUCACAAACUCAGACCGUAGAGCUGAGGAACGUGUCUGACAAGAGGCUGAGCUGGAGGAUUGACUGCAGCGCUGCAGUAACACCAGGAGGGGGCAGUAGCACCAGCAGCAAUGAGGGGCUGUUCAUUGUCUGUCCUACUGCUGGGACACUGGAGCCACUGCAGUGUGUGUCGGUCACUGUCUCCCUCUCUCCUGAGACAGUCCCACCAGUCCUCCUCACCCCUGUCCCUCUGGACACACCCUCCACCACCACCCUCUUCCUGCUCCCCACCGGGUACCCCAGUGGUUCCUGUCUGCGUGUGGAGGUGGAGGAGAUGGUUCUGAAGGAUGGCAGUCGGGUGAAGCCCCUCUCAGUCAGCUUGCCCCACAACGGCACCGUCCCUCCCCAGACCCACACAGAGCCCCAGACCCACACAGAGCCCCAGACCCACACAGAGCCCCAGACCCCCAUCACCUGCACAGUGACCUUCUGCUCACCUCAGCCCCUGGACCUCAGCUCACACAUCACAUUCCUGGACCACCUCAACAACAGGUUCAGGGUGGAGGUCUGUGCUACAGCAGAUAACAGUUUGUUGACAGUGUGGCCCUACCUGGCUCUGCACCGCUCUGAGCAGCAGAUAGUCCUCAAGAGUGGUACGUCCUGCUGUCCUGUUCUAGUCCAGACAGUAGACUCCAGCUCUAGUGAGUGGAGGAACUCGUACCUUAUGAGUCAAGGUAAAGACACACGGACCAUCUACGACAUGCUGCGUCACCUGAGCGGACAGACACUUCCUGGUGUGAGCACCAACCAAUCGCUGCCCUGCAACCUCACUGAGCGCGUGCAGCAGCUGCUCCACUGGAACACAGUGCUGCUGGCCUUCCUCAGGAGGCAGGGAGCCUGUCUGUCCCACAUCAGACCCGAGUACCUGUUAGACUCCCAGGAGUUCAGCCACUGGAGCUCUCUACAGGCCCAGUCCCAGUGUGAUCAGAGGGGGCUGGACUACAGCAGCAAGGUCUUUGAAUCCCUCAGUAAAAGGGCCUGGAUGGAUGUUCUACUGCAGACCUACAAGGUGCUAGUCCUGCCACGGGUGACAGAGGGUCCCUUGUCCCUGGGCCUCCAGAGCUGUGACAGUGGCAGCAUGGAGCAGCAGGUCCCCAGGAUAGACCCAAAGCCCCUGACCUCUAACGUCUACUCCACCUGGGAGAGGAGGCUACUCACCUGGCUCAACCUGCACUACCACAGCAUGAGGACUACCGUCUGGAGCCCACUCACCUCUACAGGAGACGUCCCAUCAGCCCGCUGGGUGGUGAACUUUGACCUGGACCUGGCAGACGGCCUGGUUCUGGCUGCUGUGCUGGCUGCCUACUGUCCCUUUCUGAUCCCCAGUCAUCUCCAGAGGAUGUACACCAGCAUCAGCCGCCUGGAACAGAACCUUCACAACAGUAUCAUCCUCAGCCAGGCCUUCACACUGCUCUGCCUGGACAUAGACAUCCAGCCCACAGAGCUGUCAGACUCGAACCCUGUUCUGAUGUUGAUGCUGUGUGUUUACCUGUAUGAGACGCUGCCCCAGUACCUUCCCAGGAGAACCAUCACUCUGUCUGGCAGCCUGCACCACACCUUCACCAAACAGGCAGGUCUCUCUCUCUCCAUCACACAGCACUAGCCCUGUGUAACCCUGUCUUACAGCCUGCACC